UAAAGAAGAAAGCUCAACACUGGUCGUCAGUUCUUCUACGACUCUCAAUCCUCGCAGCACUCGAAAACCAUGCAGGUUGUCAUUCUCGUCGUUUUGGUCGCUGUGGCAUUGGCCGCUGAUGUCUACCCUCCCAAGGCUUACCCGACUCCGGCAUACAGCAAGGAAUAUGAUUACCCCCCGCAGCCGUACAGUUUCGGCUGGGAAGUCAACGAUGCUCCAUCCUACAACAACUACGCCCACUCGGAGAGCAGCGAUGGCAAGUUGACCACCGGAUCUUAUCGUGUCGCCCUACCCGACGGCCGCACUCAGAUCGUCAACUACAAGGCCGACAGCUACGGAUACGUCGCCGAUGUCAAGUACGAGGGGGUAGCCAAAUACCCGGAGUAUAAGCCUUCCGGCGCUUAUUAUCCAGCAGCAGCUCCGGCUUACAACGGCCCUGUUUACAAAGCCCCAGUGUAUUAGAAUAAAUGAAAUUCUAUGUUAUCGAAUUAUUUUGUGUUGGUAUGAUAACCAAAUGGGAAUAAGGCGGCACAGAGUUUAUUUAUAAUAAACGAAACAUUUUAAACAAA